GCGUACCGAUAUCGGUCCCCCGGCCGUGCACAUACGUAGUCCGUGUUACGCGUCCGUCCCUGGUCGUGUGCCGCAACUGUUCGGUCGAUACCAUUACACUGCCCCCUAGACGUGCAUCACGGCAGACGAACCGACCCUACGCGGCGGCCACGCGCUGUCGCUUUUCGAGCUGCUGGCGGUGCUGUUGCUGACAUGCGGCGGCACAGCACAUGCUGCUCCGGACAUCACCAUGUCCAUUCACGGCACAGGAUGGUCAGCGACGCCCACCGGCAACGAACAUGGCCAAACCACGUACACAGCUAACCAGAUCCAAACACUGUUAAACAAUAUUGAAUUUAGAUUAAGAGAUUUAUCAAAUACUGUCAGGCGAGAUCAACAAAUAGAAAGAAUUAAUUCUAGAAUCGACAUGAUUUACAAUAAAUUAGGCCAUAUAGAAAUAUCAAAUGGAUUAUGGUUCGACAAAUUUCAACAAACUGUAACAGAGGAAUGUGGUUCAAACCAUGUAAUCCGGCGCAUAGACAAGACACAACAACAGUUGGAAAUUACAUUGGAACACAUGGAAACGACACUUCAGUCGGUGCAAAAUCACCAGAAGGAUUUAGAAAAAGAAAUCAGAAAAAUAGCCGACAAACAAGCAGAACUCAGUACAGAAAUUCAGUCUACAAGGAAAGAUAUAAGCUUUGGAUUCGAACGACACAAUUCUAGUCAAAUUGUUUUUCAUAAACAAUUACAGGAUACAGUAACUAAUUUUACUCAACAGUCAAAAAUCACCGACAAAACAUUAAAUGCUUGCCAAUGCAAUCAAAAUGACGAUCCUGCUCAGAGUACAGAAAUCAUGUCUAACAGUAAACUUAUAUCGACGAUGAACAGUAUGAUCAAUGGACUAAAAGACCGUUCAGACGAUAUACAUGUAUUACUCAAAGAAUUGGUAGAAAGUACAGAAAAGUAUCGUAGAAGAUUAGACUAUGACCGACAAGAUGUGAUGAAUGAGUAUUUGGAUAAUUUCAUGGAAAAUUUGAUUGGUGAAAUUGUUUUGAUUCAAAAAAAAUCUGAUAACGAACUAGAAAUUAAACUAAAAGAACAACUAAGACUGUUACUAGAUGGUCAGAACUUAUUCAUUAAUAACUGUCGAAGAAUACAACUGAAUGAACAUCAAAUAGAAGAUGACAUAAUUCAGAUACUAGAAAGAAUAUUUGACCAAAUCGAUAUUAAAAAUACCGCUGAUAAUUCUACUUUAGAGCAAAUAUUUAAAACUAUGAAAGCCCAAAAGAGCUGGGAGGAAAAAAGAUUUGAAGAAAUUUCUGAACUCAGUAAAUUGCAAUCUGAUCAAAUGGUUCGUACCGUUGCGUAUUCUACCAAUCAAGUUAUGAAGUUGCAUCAGGACAUAUUGAACAUAACAAAUAUUUUGAUGGAAACCAACAACAAUACAACGGUGUUUUAUCAAAUGGGAAAUAAUAAAUGUAACAGCAGCCGAAUAUAUCAUUCAGAAUUAAAAAAUGAACUACAAGAUAAAAUACAAAAGAAAAUAACUUUACAGACGACCAAAAUUCCAGACGCAAAUGUCAAUAGCACAAGAAUAAUAGAUCCAAUGGUUAAUAAUUAACAAUCUAUACAAUAAUAUAUAGUUACGAUAUUAACGCAAUAUAAAAAUAUCGUAAGUAAUGUAAAUGGUUUAUAUAUAUACGCAGAGUAAUCGGUUUAAUAUGUACCACUCAAUUAAUAGCAAAAUAAAUAUAAUAUUAAAAAAAAAAUUUUGAUUUAUUUUAGUUGCAUAUAUUUCUUUAUUAGUUAAUAAUUAUAUUUAGAAUUAUCUCAUAUAACUUAUAAGAGUGUUACUUUAUUUUUUCAAGUAGCAACCUUCAUAAUUAACUAACUUAUUAAAUAGAUAAUGAUCUAAUGAAGAAAAUGACUGGUCGCUAACAACUUUCGGACAAAAAUUUUAAAGGUAUUUUCAUUUUUAUACCUUAGAUUGAGGAAAAAUACGUCUACGAAAUGAUUAGUAAAAAAAAAUAACACCCAAUAAAAUGUUAAUAACUUCUAAAGUCCUGGUCCUAAAGUUGUUACCGAACAGUCAUUUUCUUAAUUAGAUCAUUAUCUAUUAAAUAAGCUGGUUAAUUAUGUAGAUUUAUAUUUAAAAAAAUUAAGUUGACACUCCAAUAAGUUAUAAAAUAUGAUUCCAAAUAUAAUUAUUAACUAAUAUAUCAAGAUAUAUAUGCAACUAAAACAAACCAUAAUUAUUUCUUCAAUAUUGUAAUUACUUUGCAAGUAAUUGAGUGGUACAUGAUAAAUCGAUCAUUCUAUAUAUAUUUA